UUCAAUCCCAGAAAUUUUGAUUUAAAUUAAACUUUAUGUGAAUAUAGAAUAAAAUUACAAAGAACGAUUUUGAAGGAGUGGAAUUAGUUUUUAUAGUUUUUACAUUUUUUCGACAUAACUUUUUAACGAAAUAAAGUAAAAAUGGCUGAGUGUUUUAUGUUGUAUUGUAUUACUGAAAAAUUUCUAUAAACUUAUUGUUAAUUGAAAUUCCAUAACGUCCGAGCUAGAAAAAAUCUCUUGUUCAGACUACAGAACGUUAUAUUUGGUUACAUUUAAAACGCAACGGCCUACACCCCAUUCGUCUGCUUUCGUCUUUGUAAUCCAUAAGAUUUUAACCCAUAACCACGCUAAGACGUUAAAUUCUUUAUGCAUCAUUAGAUGCUGAAAUUGUAACAAUUUAAAAUAUCCAGAAGCGCAAACUAAUUGUAAUACAUAGUUCACUACAGCAAAGCAAUAGUUUUAAAUGUAUUCAAUGGAUAGCCAUUUGCCAUGCAUUCUCACUGGAUUAAUCUUCUACAGUUUUGGGUUAAAAUGGUGCUAUGAUUAUGCUAAGUAUUGGGUGUCUCUGAGACCUAGAGAUGAUUUAAAUAUGACAAAAGGAUUGGUGUUCAUAGAGAAAUGUGAGAAGCUGUUAAAUAGACAUCCGAUAGAGGGAAGUUUGAAAUUGAUCGCAACUGCCAUAGGUCUAGCCAGUACAAUAACUGGUGGUUUGGAACAAGUUGGUACGGUCUCUCCAAAGGUUGUACUAGCUACGAUCUACCUUUUUUUUGCAUUCUCUGGUCUUGUUGAUAUUUUGAAUUUUUAUUUCCCUCACAAUGUAAGCGAUGGAUUAGUUAAACUGGCACUUUGUCAAAGCUUUUUCAUGGAAGGAUUCCUUUUCUUAUGGGAAAGCAUAGGGAACAAUGCAGUAAUCAAUUUAAUUUUAGCUUUUAUAGUGUGGGCAACAUCUCUAGCCAUUAUUUUAGAGCUUGUUUGGCCUGAAUUAAAGCUUUUCAGAGCCUGUACCACAUUACUCCAUGGCAGUUGGAUAGCACACAUGGUACGUUUGAACCAUACAGCAUCAUUUUUACCAGGAAGCAUUGCUCUGGUAUUUUCUUGGCAUGUUGCUGCUGCAUCAGCUGUAACAUUGUCUGUAGUAGCAGCGACAAGAAGCUGUGCACCUGAAUUUACAUAAUUAUACAUUGUGUAUAAAUUAUUUUAUUAAACAUUUUUGUAAUUUAUAAUGUGUAAUUCAUUUAAAAAUUGAUUAUAUAGAU